CAAACUAUUUUCCGUUCUCCUCAUUUCUUCCGGCUCGAUCGAUCCAGGGAUGUAGCGCCAGGAUCUGUGAUCUGGAUCUCGAUCGAGUCGACUUCUAGUGGUAGCUCGUCGAAUCGGGGGUGGAAUUUUGUAGGUCGCCUCGCCCCUGAAUUCCAGAUAUUGCCUCAUUGGAUCAUCGCGAAAGAGGGGAAAAGGGGGGAGCGAUGGCGGCUCCGACCGACGUGGAGCUGAUGAGAGCGGCGAGCUCGCGAUCGUGGACGGAAAAUGUCUUCUCGCGCAGCUCGGUCAGGGAGGUGGAUGAUGAGGAGGCGCUGAAAUGGGCCGCGCUGGAGAAGCUUCCCACAUACGAUCGCCUCCGGACGGCCAUAAUCAAGAAUGUGGGCGAGCAUGGGAGCACUCGCCACGAGCACAUUGAUGUCAAGUCCUUGGGCCUCACGGAGAGGAGGAAUCUUGUGGAGAAGCUCUUGGCAACAACGGACACGGAGAACGAGAUGUUCAUCCGCAAGCUCCGGGAAAGGAUCGACAGAGUCGGGAUAGACCUUCCCAAAAUCGAGGUGAGGUACGAAGGACUUCAAAUCGAAGCUGAUGUACGUGUCGGCAAGCGAGCUCUACCGACGCUGCUUAACUUUGUCAUCAACAUGUCCGAGCAAAUCUUGGGAAAGCUACACUUGCUCCCUUCUAAGAAACACGUCCUCACGAUUUUGCGCAACGUUAGUGGUAUCGUGAAGCCUUCCAGGAUGACACUUCUGCUAGGCCCUCCUAACGCAGGGAAAACUACGCUGCUUCUGGCGCUUUCUGGAAAGUUGGACCAAAGCCUUAAGGUUUCUGGGAGAGUCACCUACAAUGGCCACACAUUGACUGAAUUUGUGCCUCAAAGGACUUCUGCUUACAUAAGCCAACACGACUUGCAUAGCGGGGAGUUGACAGUGAGGGAGACGUUUGAUUUUGCUUCUAGGUGUCAAGGCGUGGGAAGCAGAUAUGAGAUGAUAACGGAGCUUUCAAGACGGGAGAAAAAUGCCAAGAUCAAACCGGAUCCUGAUGUUGAUGCGUUCAUGAAGGCGUCGGCUAUAGAGGGUCAGGAGACCUCCAUUGUAACGGACUAUGUGCUGAAGAUUUUGGGUUUGGACGUUUGUUCUGAUAUACUUGUCGGAGACGCCAUGCGCAGGGGUAUUUCUGGAGGACAAAAGAAGCGUGUCACUACAGGAGAGAUGCUCGUUGGGCCUGCAAAGUCUCUUUUCAUGGACGAGAUUUCAACCGGUCUUGACAGCUCGACCACAUUUCAGAUAGUGAAGAGCUUAAGGCAGUUUGUCCAUGUGCUCGAUGCUACCAUGGUCAUCUCCUUGCUCCAGCCUGCGCCCGAGACGUUUGAGCUUUUCGACGACUUGAUUCUUCUAUCGGAGGGGCAGAUUGUAUAUCAGGGGCCCCGGGAACUCGUGUUGGAUUUCUUCGAGACGAAGGGAUUUAAAUGUCCUCCGAGGAAAGGCGUCGCGGACUUUUUGCAAGAAGUUACGUCAAGGAAAGACCAGGAACAGUAUUGGGCUGACAAGAGGAUGCCAUACAGAUUUAUACCUGUCCAGGAGUUCGCGGAUGCCUUUCAAAAGUUCCAUGUCGGUCAGAACAUUGCUGAAGAAUUGGCGCGGCCUUUUGACAAGAGUAAAAGCCAUCCGGCAGCUCUUGUCACUCAGAAGUACGCUCUUAGUAACUGGGAGCUUUUCAAGGCUCUCUUGGCGCGGGAGAUACUUUUGAUGAAGAGGAACUCAUUCGUCUACGUGUUCAAAGGUUCUCAGGUAUGUUAUCGAAGACUAAAAUCCAUAUAUCUGAUACUAAAAUUUCCAAUGCAGCUGAUUCUUCUGGCCUUUAUCACGAUGACUGUGUUUCUCCGGACCGAAAUGCAUCACAGAACUGUUGGCGAUGGCGGUCUCUACAUGGGAGCCUUGUUCUUCGGCCUGAUCAUCGUCAUGUUUAAUGGAUUUGCGGAGUUGGCGAUGACCAUUGCGCGCCUUCCAGUAUUUUACAAGCAGCGGGACCAGAUGCUAUUUCCUGCGUGGGCAUUUUCUCUUCCUACCUUGAUCACUCGAAUUCCAGUGUCCCUGCUCGAAUCAGCACUUUGGGUGUGCAUGACGUACUACGUGGUUGGAUUUGCUCCUAGUGCCGCCAGGUUCUUCCAGCAGUUCCUCCUCAUGUUCUUAAUUCAUCAAAUGUCGGGAGGUCUUUUCCGAUUCAUUGCUUCACUUUCUCGGACUAUGGUUGUAGCGAACACCUUCGGCUCUUUCGCGCUGCUGAUAGUUCUUGUCCUCGGUGGUUUUCUUCUUUCUAGAGAGGACAUUGAACCUUGGUGGAUUUGGGGAUAUUGGUCGUCGCCCAUGAUGUACGCACAGAAUGCGCUUGCCGUGAACGAGUUCAGUGCAUCAAGAUGGCAGAUUCUCGAAAAUGCCAAUCAGACCACCACCGUUGGCAACCAAGUUCUAGAGUCUCGAGGCCUGUUCCCCAAUAAAAACUGGUAUUGGCUUGGAACUGGUGCUCAGUUGGCUUAUGCCAUUUUCUUCAACGUUUUUUUCACUUUGGCACUCGCUUACUUCAGCGCUCCUGGAAACCCGCAGGCCGUAGUGUCUGAGGAAAUACUAGAAGAGCAAAACGUGAACCGCACCGGCGAAGUCUCAGAAAGAUCAGUGCGUGCAAAAUCAAAGCGAUCGGGCAGAUCUUCUAAUGCAGGAGAUCUGGAGCUUACGUCUGGUCGAAUGGGUGCCGAUUCUAAAAGGGGAAUGAUACUCCCGUUUCAACCUUUAGCAAUGUCAUUCAAUCAUGUUAACUACUACGUUGACAUGCCCGCGGAAAUGAAGCAACAAGGCGUGACAGAAAAUAGAUUACAGUUGCUGCACGACGUAAGCAGUAGCUUCAGGCCUGGAGUUCUCACGGCUCUUGUCGGUGUAAGCGGUGCUGGAAAGACAACUCUCAUGGAUGUUUUAGCCGGGCGUAAAACUGGUGGCUACAUUGAAGGCGACAUUCGCAUCUCCGGCUAUCCCAAAAACCAGGCUACUUUUGCUAGGAUUUCGGGUUAUUGCGAACAAACUGACAUUCAUUCACCCAACGUUACAGUGUACGAGUCACUGGUUUAUUCUGCUUGGCUCCGACUAUCGGAUGACAUUGAUAAGGGGACGAAAAAGAUGUUUGUGGAAGAAGUUAUGGAGCUUGUAGAGCUUAACCCUCUCCGGGAUGCGUUGGUUGGUCUCCCUGGAGUUGAUGGACUUUCGACCGAGCAGCGGAAACGACUGACAAUUGCCGUGGAGCUCGUUGCAAAUCCUUCAAUCAUUUUCAUGGACGAGCCAACUUCCGGACUGGAUGCACGAGCGGCAGCAAUUGUCAUGAGAACGGUCCGGAACACUGUCGACACCGGUCGCACUGUCGUCUGCACCAUUCAUCAGCCUAGCAUUGACAUUUUUGAGGCCUUCGAUGAGCUUCUGUUGAUGAAACGCGGAGGGCGCGUUAUCUACGCAGGUUCCUUGGGAAAGAACUCGCACAAACUUGUUGAAUACUUCCAGGGUAUUAGCGGUGUUCCUAACAUAAGAGAAGGAUACAAUCCAGCUACAUGGAUGUUAGAGGUUACCGCUGCAGACGUGGAGAAUCGUCUGGGAGUAGAUUUUGCGGACAUCUAUAAAACUUCUUCAGUCUACCAGCACAAUGAAGCUAUUAUUACUCAGCUGAGCACUCCGGUUCCCGGCACGGAAGACAUAUGGUUUCCAACGCAAUACCCUCUGUCGUUCCUCGGACAGGUCAUGGGAUGCUUGUGGAAACAACAUCAGUCAUACUGGAAAAAUCCAUACUACGUUCUGGUUCGCAUGUUCUUCACCUUGGUUGUCGCGAUAAUGUUUGGCACAAUGUUUUGGGACAUCGGCUCCAAAAGAUCAAGAGAACAAGACCUCUUUAAUCUGAUGGGAUCUAUAUACGCUGCUGUGCUCUUCCUUGGGGUCAGCAAUGCAUCAGGAGUACAGCCAGUCGUUGCUAUCGAGCGAACGGUCUACUAUCGAGAAAGAGCCGCUGGAAUGUACUCUCCCCUUCCAUAUGCUUUUGCUCAGGUCCUGAUCGAGAUUCCCUACGUGUUCGUGCAAGCCUUCACGUAUGGACUCAUUGUGUACGCGACGAUGCAGCUGGAAUGGACAGCAGCCAAGUUCCUGUGGUUCAUCUUCUUCUUGUACAUGACGUUCCUCUACUUCACGCUCUACGGCAUGGUGACGGUGGCGCUGACACCCAACGACCAGAUUGCAGCCAUCGUAUCCUCGGCAUUCUACGCAAUCUGGAACCUGUUCUCUGGCUUCAUCAUCCCUCGACCCGCGAUUCCAGUGUGGUGGAGGUGGUACUACUGGGCCUCGCCACCGGCGUGGUCUCUCUACGGCCUCUUCACGUCUCAGCUUGGAGAUGUCACCACGCCGUUGUUCCGGGCCGACGGCGAAGAGACGACCGUGGAGCGCUUCUUGAGGUCCAACUUUGGGUUCAGGCACGACUUCUUGGGCGUCGUGGCCGGAGUUCACGUCGGCCUCGUCGUCGUCUUCGCGGUGUGCUUCGCCAUCUGCAUCAAAGUUUUCAACUUCCAGAACCGAUGAUCGAUCGACUGGUUUUCGUGGAAGAAAUUCUAAAGAACGAAGAAACUCGGUGCUGCCCCCAUAACGUUAGCACAACAUUUUUUACAAUGAAGAGAAUGUACAGUUUUCUUUGUAUUAUAUAACCAGCCAAAAGGCUGGGGUUUUUUUUUU